AUGGCUGGCCACGGGGGUGGAACGGGCUCCAGCCUGGCUCGAGCCAUUAUCAUUGUUUCUGGUGUUUCGGCUCUAGUAGCCUCGAUUUUGUCCUUCGUGGUUCCCAUCUUUGCUGCGUCAUCGUGGACGAGCAUCAUGUCGCUCAAGGCGGCUCAAUUUCUAGAUCCAAUUCGUGAUAUCUAUGAGGCGUUCACGAUCUACACAUUCUUUCAGCUCCUAAUCAACUUUCUCGAAGGCGAACGAGCUUUGAUUAUCAUGACUCAUGGCCGUCCACCCGUUUCGCAUGCCUGGCCGCUCAACGAAUGUCUCCCCAAGAUCGACAUCUCCGACCCGCACACCUUCCUGGCCAUCAAGCGGGGGAUUUUACAAUAUGCCUGGCUGAAGCCCAUCCUGGCUCUGAUCUCGAUCGUGAUGAAGGCGACGGAUACCUACCAGGAGGGCUAUUUGGGUAUCUCAUCCGGAUAUCUCUGGACCGGUAUUGUGUACAACAUCAGUGUCACCAUCAGUUUGUACUCUCUGGCCAUGUUUUGGGUGUGCCUGCACGACGAUUUGAAGCCUUUCCGCCCCGUUCCCAAAUUCCUUUGUAUCAAACUCAUCAUUUUCGCUUCAUACUGGCAGGGAUUCGGCUUGUCCAUUUUGCAGUGGCUGGGAGCCUUUUCCAACAGCCCUGCUGGGUACACGCCGGACAACCUGGCUGCUGCAGUUCAGGACUGUCUCCUCUGUUGUGAAAUGCCCUUCUUUGCCAUCGCUCACUGGUAUGCGUUCUCAUGGCAUGACUUCGCGGACCCCACCAUCUCCGCUGCGCGGAUGCCGGUGAAGUACGCGCUGCGGGAUUCAUUUGGAGUUCUCGACUUGGUGGAAGAUACAAAGAUCACGCUUCGGGGCGAGAACUACGAAUACCGACUCUUCGACUCGGGCGACAAUGUCAUCGCGCAUGAAGAGUCGGACUCGCGCGUGAAGCGAGUCAUGGACGGCAUGCGGUAUGAGCGGGGAGGCAAGGCAAAAUACUGGAUCCCGAAGCCUGGCGAGGUCAGCAAACCUGGGGAAGCCAACAGCCGUACCCCCCUUUUGGCUGGUAGCGAAUCCAGGCACAGCAGUCGAAGCGAACGACCGAGCCGUAACGAACGCUUCGGCUCUUACACUAUGAUGGAGACUACGAUGGACGAUGAGGAUGAGCGACUGUUCACCAAUGCCCGAGCACUAGAAUUCGGAGAUUGGAAUUACCCUGUAAUUACCGCCAACGAAGUGCCAAGAGACCAGCGUCUGCCUAUCGGCCGGAGUGACCAGGACUCCCAUCGAUCGGGAGAGGUCAAAAAGGCUCGCACGCACCGAAAACGCCGAGCGUCGGGCAGCACCAGUUCGCAGCGAGGCCAUAGGCCCAGCUCCAACCAGUCCGGUCAAGCCCCAGACGCCCCCCGUUCGGUGCAGCGCAAUCCCAGCUCCACCUCCCAUAGCUCCGGCGGCUCCCGUCGUGACCAACUGGUUGAUCUUGUAGUGGAAGACCGCGAGGCUGAGGAGGAGGACAGAGCCCAGGCACAGCGAGAGCUUGGAUCCGCCUGGUCGGGUCCAGAAACCCGACGGUUUUCAAGGCCGUCUGGGAAACCAAUUGACGAAGAGGCUGGAUCGGAGCCUCAAGAGAACACCGUGGAUUCGGCCCCCGAAGGAGCCUCAGAAGGAAGUGGCGGCUUCCGUCAUGAUCCUCAGGGCCAGGAGCAGGAUCCAGCCCGAUCCCCCCCACGGUGGGCGUACCACGGAGUUCUGGACGAGGACAACAAUGUUUGGGGCAAAUAA